GCGACGCGUAGGUGGUUCGCUCGAAGAUUUUUACACGAAGAUCAAGCGCGGAGAGCGAGGCGAACGAGUAAGCGAGCAUGGGUGGGGUCUCGAGAACGAAUCGUUGCCUCGCUUCUCUCCUCGUAAGUUCGAUACGAGCAGCCGUCUGGUACCGUCGUGCCUUUUACGAGCGCUGGCGCGGCGCUCGUCGAGUAAUGGCCGUUCCGUUGCCGCGAACGUCGGACACGUAUUUUCUCCGGUGCGACGACUCCCCGUGUAAGAGAGAUGGACAUUUCGAGGUCAUUCGGGCCUCCUCGCGGGCUCUGAGAGAGCUGUCGAAUCAGUGAAAUUGGAGCAGCGAGAGGCGUCGCGCGUGUCACGUGAAUCGGACCGGAGUCGGACGAGAGUCCGCUUACGCGCGGCGUGACGUAGCGCGACGACGAGCAGCCUGUCAAAAGUUUUCGUUCGCGAGAGAGACGACGAACGGAGGUACGCGAGGAGGCGGCGCGACGAUUAAUAGGACGCUAUCGUGGUUAUCGGACGACGUCCGGACGACGACGCUGCACUGACCUCGCUUAUUGCGUGCAGCUGCAGAGAACGUCAUCGCGGCCUCAAUGAUCGAGUACGAUCUGGCACCGGUGACUCAUUAUUCGCGAGUUGGCAGGUCCAGGCUGAGGAAGGAGUCACGUCGCCGAUUUCGACAUCGGAGAUAUUUUAACAUCAAGGAAACUUGGUGAUAUCUAUCAUGGAUAAAAAAGGUCUGCGUAAGAAAGAUAUAUUGAGGAUGGAUGGUCUUCUGCCUCCAACUCGACGUUUACCAGUUUGUGACGCAAUACCCAGUGCAUCGGAUAAGAAAAAGGAUAAGAAAUGGUCUAUAGGUGGGAUUUUGCGACGAAUAUCUUCGAUAAGAGAUUACGAAAGUUCGUCCAAUGACGAAGAGAUUGUUUAUUGUAAAAGAACACCGAGAAGGAACGCCAAAAUCAACAGGCAAGCCGAUGGUGUUGUCCUUCAUUCGGUAGAGAAUAAUUUAGAGCAUGAUAAGCGGGUAAGAGCCGAAAAUAACUUUCGCCAUGCGACGGAUUCACCGCAUUCGCGUCGAGACUCACUACAUUCGCGUAGCAGUGACGGUUCGUUGGACGGCUUAGGAAAGAAGCAUCGAAGGAACAAGCUGAAAGCUCGGACCGAAGCUAAGCGAGAUCAUCUGUGCGCUGCCAGCAGUUCCGACGAGGAUUGUCGUAGAUCCAACAACUCACUAAAUAGAUUUCACACAAUGGAUAGCGCGCAAAAUGGCCAGAAAAGUAAUAUAUGCGGUAGAAGAACUCGCGCUGCUCGAACGGAGCGUUACAUCAAGCGUUUAUCUCGGGACGAGGGCAAUGGCAGCGGCGACACUUUGAACGACCUGUAUAACAAAAGGUGUUCCAUAGAAUGUAUUGAAGAUAAGGGGCGGGUCGAUACGAACGGAUUGUGUCGUCCGCCCAUACAUCCGCGCCGAUCUGGCGUAUAUUCGAACAAUCGCGUGUUCCCGAUUCAGGGAUCCUCCGCGGAGAAUCUACGAGAUGUGGACCGCGCGAAUUUGCCGCAUUCCGAAAUUUUCGGCGACGUCAGGAGAUAUUCCACCGGGCAAUACAUCACGGACUUGAAUCAGAACAACACGUACGGGAAGAUCUCGCGAAAUCUCAGUAGCGACGUCUACACGAACAGCCAUCGAAACUUUUUUACAUAUCCCGCAAAGAACGCGUGCCAUUACUCGGAACCGUUCGAUUAUGCGGUCGAUCGCCGAUUGAUCAAUCCGGAUAGUCAACCGCCCGAACCACCACCGAGGGAUCCUCGUCGCGUGUUUGGUCACGGAUACAGUUCCUAUCCAACGACGAACAGACACCAAAAUGUGCCAAAUUACUUUAACCAAGACGACAAUAGGACUAAUGUUGCGAAUGGAAUAUCGAGACCCGAUUGGAGAAACUUCCGAUCGUACGGGUCGAAUAACGAGAUCGCCUGGCGCGACACAAUGGAACGUGGGCUAGAAAACUCAAUGUUGAAUUUCAAAACGGAUGUUGAAUUCCGUAAUUCGCUGGAGCGUAUAAACAAUAAAUAUAACGCCAGUCGUCACUGCGCGAAUGAAUCGGCUUACAAGGAAACCGAAGCAACGAGACGUAGAAAUACUCGCAACGAUCAGCUCAAUCGCAACGACGCGAAUUACUGCGCGUACAAGGUCAAGAAUAAAUCAAUGAACAUCUGCGAAAUGAAUAAACACCACGAUACGAUUUCAUCGCGCGCAUCUGCUGCGUCAUCCGAUUGGUCUGGAAGAUCGUCUGGAAGAUCUCCCUGCGAACAACGCAUCUCGCGUUCCAUUACUCCGUGUGACGUCGAUAAUCACGUCGAAGGAAGUGAAAAAGAGAGAGGAAUAAUACCGACUGAAGAAGCUCAGGAAAAACGGAGAAGUUCGAAGAAUCUUGAGGAGGCUCUAUCCGAACUGGAAGCGAUAUACAAUAGCCUUCGUCUCGGCGACGAGGAUCUGUUGGACCGUGCGGAACGCCGAAGUAUGGAAGAGUUCCAUCAGAAGCAAAAUAAGAGCGUCUCGCUCGAUGCGGUGAGCGUGAUUACUCCAGAUUCGCCGGACAGGACGAAGGAUGACAUGGCCUAUCGGAGGAUGCAUCCUAAGGAGAGACCCACGUCGCUCUCGGAUAUCGCAGGACAAUCAACCCUAUCUAGCAUUAGCUAUCUUAUUACCUCGCCCGUUCUUUCGGGAAGAGACUCGGCGGACGAUCUCGUGCGUUUACCGUUGACUUGUCCGUCCGUCCGGCGGGACGAGCCUGACGUGACUCGCGACGACGUGGUAUUCCGUAGUAUAAGUCACGCCAACAACACGCUUCGAAUAAUCGAUCCGCAGCCACCGUUCGGUAUACCACUCGGACCAGUCACCACGGCGACCGAGAGCGAUUACCUGCACACGACGCCAACGAAACCGGAACAACCGCGCUCGCCGUACAUACCGCAAUGCGAACCCGACGUGGUCACGGACGACUUGGCUUACAGAGCCCUCAGAAAGGACGCCGUCGUGACGCGCAACGUCACGGAGAGCAAACUCGAUGCCUCGAAGGAGCAACCGGUAGUCGUUAACAGCGGCAUGAAGAAGAAACGCGCCGUUCGAUCGUUAUCGGCCAAUCUCUAUGGACUGAUCAAUCACGAUCGAAUUCAUCUGCGACGUGAGUCCAGCCUCGAUGCUAUUAAGGACGAGAUCCAGGAUGUCACGAGGAAUUUUGCUGCGACGCCUGAGCGACCUGAGUAUCUCAGACGCGUCGUGAGCGACGGAGAGUUGUUCGAUAACGACGCACAUAGGUGGCAAGAGCUAACGGUCAAAGGCGAUAUCGAUAUCAACGGCAAUCAUCCAGCGGUAGGUGCAUACCGGAAGAAGGUGUGCGUUUACGUAUCACCGGAAAUGAUGACAACGACAACGCGUGAAAGUCCUAAGAAGGAGAAAAAAUUCGAUAUCGCAGAACUGUCCGACGCCAUGCUGUCUUCAAAGGCCAUCCUAGACGACGGAUUUUGGCAGGAGUACCUACGCCCAGAUUCCAACACUUCGGCAGCCAAUAGCGGUCGCAGCACGGAAACGGACUUUACCGCGUACAGUCGUCUCUGCCAAGAUUUAGUUAAUUUAAUAAAAGACGAUGGUGACGCGACAUCGCCGAUCGAAUCGCCAAACACGGAUGAUCCCAUCAUCGCCAUCGCCAAUAAAUCAGAUGAUUUCAACGUUAAACUUGAGGUUGAUGAACCCUCGGUGAGCAUACAUAUACGCUCUUUGGGUAGUCAUUAUUCAGGGUCACGGCAGACCGCACGUGCCAACGAAGAGCGGAAUGUUGAAAGCGAAAAGACGGAGAGCUCGACCGACUCAAAUUCCGCGAAGUCUUCGUCGGAAUUGACGCCGGCAGCCAACAACCUUGAUUUCUAUCUUCGCGUGGCAGACGAAAAUGUCAAGCUGAUCGCGGAGGCUUUCGGCGACGUGGCCGAUCGCCUACGCGACAGUCGUUUAUCCGCCUGCAAAAAUUCCUCGGCGUCACGCAACUCCGAGAUCGAGGACCAAAGUGGCAGCACGCGCAGCAGCUCCACGCCUUAUCAGGAUGAACCAACGAGCGAAGGCCGGUCUACCGUCACCCCCAAACUCCAGGAAACUACUCGCGUAAUGCCAAACCGCGAUUCAUUCACAAGCAAUGAAGGAGAUCCAAGCGACGCCAGCCACCUCCAGGACGACGCUGCCACAGCCAAUGCAGAGUUGGACUUGUCCAGAGCCGUUCGCGACCUGCAACUGGCCGCGGCUAGUCUCUACGAACAUGGACAGGAGAUCGAGGAUCUGAGCACCAGACGGAGAAGGAUUGUCCGCGACGUAGCGCCGAUCGCGGGGGAUGCCGCCGUCGCGACUAGUACGAACGAGAUCGAGAACGGUGCGAUCCGUAAGAUCAACCUGAUCGCGGACGACCUGAGGCAGGAGCGGGAACGCGAUCAGGAGGAGACCGUGGUACUGCCUAGCGGAAUCGAGGCACGAGACACGGACGCGCGACGCGGGGGGAGCCCCGAAGGUGAGCGCACAGUGUGCGAGCUUGCUCGCAGGAGAUCGCGCCACGUCGGGGACGACGUGUGCGUAUCCCGUGUCACUAACCUCAUAACCGUCCCGGUAACGACGUGCAUCAUGCUCUUGCUCGCUUGUCUCCUUGCAUUGCUUUUAGCGAUCGUACCGGCGCCUAUGACGGGCUGCCCGGCCGAUCAUUAGCGCGAAUGGGAUUUGUGUGUUUUCCUGUAUUGCGAUGUAUCUGCUACACAAGGAUUGCGGCCGGACGCGUGUCCCGUUCAUCGUCAUUGUCACCAAUGUGGUAACACCUUUAAUCCUGUGUGUUCAUUUGCAAAUGUUACUAAUGUCGCAGGUCUCCAGGCGCUCGCUCGUUCGCAGUGACGAUCGUAUCGAGAUGCGCUCGUUCGAGCUCGACAUGGUUGGCGUGCUAGUGCGACAUAAGAGAAGCAGUAUUUGUUUAUUUUCUUUUUU